CUUCCCCGGUUGCUGAAAUCGAACAGUGCGCCUGGGUCGUUGUUUGCGAAUGGCAAGCUGAACGUGGUUUAAAAUUAUUUUAAUUAGUUUUUGUUUAUUUUGAAAAUUUUCCCCGAAAUAUUAACGAACGCGAACAAUGGCAGACCUUGAUUGCCGAAUAGUUGCAAUGCUUGCUCUAGCCCUGUCCUUGCUCUCGCUAAGCGGGGUGAUUUUUGUACGGCAUCAGCAUCAUCACGCUUACUAUCACACUCCAGAAGCUUUUGUUACGGAACGUGAGUGCUCGCAGUGUGACAAUAGUGGCAGCAGUAGCAGCAGUACGAGUGGCGAUGAUGAUGGAAAAGGAUUCGGGUUAGAAAACUCUUCUCCCACUAACCUAAUUGUCACGCCUCGAUAUGACAAUAAUGAAUCCUCAACUCGUGGCAGAGGAGCCUUUGAUGUCAGUGAAGCCUGCUUGCAGUGUAUCUGCGAAGCAGGUACCGGGUGUUUGCCGGCAAAGUGUUCCAGUGGUUUGGAUUGUGGCAUUUUCAGGAUAUCCCAGCCAUACUGGAUUGAUGCAGGCAGUCCGACGGUUAAAGGUGGCAUCUAUGGCGAGGAGUCGGGGACGUAUUCACAAAAGGCAUAUUUACAAUGUGUAAAUAAUCCAUUUUGUGCGGCUCGUGCCGUAAAGGAUUACAUCGGCAGAUACAUCCGAGAUUGUGAUAGCGAUGGGAUGAUAGAUUGUUACGAUUAUGCUGCAAUUCACUUACAAGGACCAACCGGAUGUAGGCUGGAUGAUCUAAGUCCUAUGAUUUUCAGUCGUCUAUAUCGAUGCUUAAAUGAUUUGACAGUGCGAACGAGGGAGGAUGAGGAUUAAAGUGAUAGAGCGAGGGCAUAUAUUGAAAUAAAAACAACAUCAUGUGUGAUGGGGAUAAAAAUAUA